UCAUGAGGCAACUUAUACCAGCCCCAACACCCUCGAUCUUUGUGUAUAUAUACUCUCCCAAAGUCAUACACAUUUUAUUCUAACGUAGGUUACAUUCUCUCUCCACUCUUUUUCUCUGCAACUCACAGUCAUGGUUUCUCACCUGGUCAACACUAUACGAAAUGUAGUAGGGAUCACAGGGAACGUUAUCGCACUCUUCCUGUUCUUGUCUCCAGUGCCAACUUUUAUUCGAAUUUGGAAGAAAGGAUCAGUGGAGCAGUUCUCCCCAGUACCAUACCUAGCAACCUUAAUCAAUUGCAUUGUUUGGGUCAUUUAUGGCCUGCCAAUGGUGCAUCCCAACAGCAUCCUUGUUAUAACCAUCAAUGCUGCAGGGACCGCCAUCGAGGUCGUCUUCCUCACCCUCUUCCUCAUCUUCUGUCAUGACAAGAAAAAGCGACUCAAAGUGCUACUUAUCAUCAUGGUCGAGCUCAUUUUCAUGGCCGCUCUCGCCACUCUGAUCCUCACUGUCCUUCACACCACUCAACGCCGAUCCAUAAUCGUUGGAAUUAUAGCAAUUUUGUUCAAUGUCAUGAUGUAUGCUGCGCCUUUAUCCGUCAUGAAACUGGUGAUUACGACGAAAAGUGUGGAGUAUAUGCCAUUUUUCCUCUCAUUGGCUUCCUUUGCCAACGGUGUUGCUUGGACUACUUAUGCUUUCCUCCCUUUUGACCCCUUCAUUGCUGUUCCAAAUGGAGUGGGCACAAUAUUUAGUUUAGCGCAGCUAUUGUUAUACGCCACAUAUUACAAGUCCACAAAGAGAAUAAUAGCAGCAAGGAAAGAGGCGAAGAUGGAGAUGCAUCUCUCGUUGUCGGAGGUGACCGUCGCCAACGGCGAUGUUGAUCCCAAGAAGACCGCUGGAGCAACACCUUAACCUUGAGAGACCCAAACAAUGCAUCCAUUUCCAAUAUAUAUAAUUAUAUCCAACUAUAUCUAUCUAUCUAUAUAUGUCUGUAUUAUUUAUAAAUAUAGACUAAUUAGUGGGUGCGAGUUUGUUUUAGUUAUCACAUAUAUCCCUUUCGACUUCUCAAUCCAUGUUUGACUUUUUAUAAAAAUGUAUGGGCUAUUGAGAACAAAGUUGUCUUCAGUUAAUGGAUUGAUUAUGUUGAAGAAA